UUUCGAGAUUGUCGACGAUAUUCUCAUCGUCGCAUCAAAUCACAUCGCAUUGAAUUGCCGUCUUUCUGCUUUACUCGUCGACCAUCAACAAUACCGCAAUCCCCGCGAUCAGUCAUGUCCGACACACCUCCCAAACGACGUGCUGCUGAAGCAGCGUCUUCCGUCCCUCCGGCCAAGACUUCGGCAAUGUCAGCUACCGCACCCCCCUUCAAUCCUACUCGCCCUUUGUCUGGUAAAUCCAAGGCAUCAUUCCACAGCAUCGCCCAGGAGAUGAAGCCCCGUGUGAAGACGGGCAGUGAGGAGAACGCCAUGGAGGUCGACGGCGACAGAGAAGAUUCUGCUCCGAGGGUCACGAAACCUUUGCCUGCAGGGAAGAGGAGCGUACCCAGAGCCGAUUUUGUACCUCAACAGGCUUCAGUGCCCAAGUCAAAUGAGGACAAGGAGAACACAAGGAGGUUGAUCGUUGUCCUGUCUCAAGCUUGUUUGGAGGCCUACAAAAUAUCUUCAGGCUCCGGAGGCAAGAAUGCUUCCGGUAAAGAGGCCAAAUAUGCUCUAUUGAACUGUGAUGAUCAUCAAGGUAUCCUGGCGAAAACCGGACGGGAUAUUGCAGAUGCGCGACCGGAUAUCACCCAUCAAUGUCUCCUUACCCUCCUUGAUUCUCCUUUGAACAAAGCGGGAUUACUCCAGGUGUAUAUCCAUACAGCGAAAGGUGUUCUGAUCGAGGUGAACCCCAGUGUGAGAAUACCGCGAACGUUCAAGCGUUUCUCUGGCUUGAUGGUGCAAUUGUUACACAAACUGUCCAUCAGGGGUGUGAAUGGUAGUGAGAAACUCCUGAGAGUCAUCAAGAACCCUAUCACCGAUCAUCUUCCCACGAACACUAUCAAGCUCACCCUGUCGGCGGAUGCGCCUACCAUUCGAUUGUCGAAAUUCCUGCCCACUCUCCCUGAGACUCACUCUGUUUGUGUCUUUGUUGGUGCUAUGGCUAGAGGCGACGAUAACUUUGGAGACCAGUUUGUGGACCAGAAAAUAUCUAUCAGUGAUUACAGUCUUUCAGCCUCCGUGGCCUGUGGAAAGUUCUGCUGUGCUAUGGUUGGUGGUUUUCAUUCUCUGCCGACGUACACGAUAGCUAACAAGCUACACAGGAAGAGAUCUGGGACAUCGUCUGAACAGUGUAGUAGGGACUCAAAUAUAAGAUAGCCUCAACGCAGUCUUUGGGUCAAGUAGAAAAGAAACUGAAAGCGAGUAGUACAUCGUCUCAGCAUAUCACUCAUCUGUAUGCGUCUUGUUUGUAUAUUUUAAUGCAUUGGGGUUGUG